UGUAUCUUAAAGACAGCUUUGAGGAAAGAAAAAUACUUUUAAAUUUAAUAGUGAAUUUUCAAGAAAAAACUGCAGUAAUAGUUUGCACAUAUUGCUAGACUUAAAAUUGGAUUCUUAUUGCUACAAAUUGGAGUAUUUGUAAUUUGAGUGUAAAAUGUACUUUUUCAACAAAUGUUAUUGUAACAAAAAGGAAAUAGAUUACAUUCUGCUUCCUUGAAAUACAAACUUGCAUGACUUUUGCAACUGUACAUCAAGGAUGGAUGUAUAUUUUCAUCAUUUAAACAUAUAAAUGCACUUUGAAGAUCUGAAUUUUAUUCAGUAAAAGGAAAACAAGGAAUUCUCAAAAGGAAUUUAUAGUUGACGCUCAUUUAAGCAUCAUUUAGCUAUGAAUGAGGAGGACCAGAUUCAGUUAGGGGAUUAUUGUUUACCCCCUGACAAAAAGGAGGAGACGCUUGGUGGAAUAGCUUCCAGUAGAACAACAGAAUAUGCUGAUCCAUAUGAAACAAAACAGAUGUUAGAAGCUUUAAGAAGUAGAGGAGGAGGGCCUCGUUUCUCUGCGCCAGUUGAGGAUCAAUUUACUUAUGCUUUAGCUAAACCUCUUGAAGACAACGAUCAUCCAUCCAAAUCACAAAAGGAAAGUUUCCGCCAUACUUAUACUGAAGGAAGUAAACAAGUUUGUACCUCGUUAAGUGGGACAAGUGUAGAUUCGGGAGUUGAGGACCCAGAUGAAUAUGACCAUACUGUGACGUGGGUCACAAACGGUGGUAAAAACAGAAUGGCACAGGUAAUACCUAAUCCUACUUCUAUUCAGACAGAGAAACAUAUUAUACAUGAACACAGUGAGAGCAAAGAUCCAAGUUCACAAACAAAUCCUGAUGCUCAUAAAACAGACACUAAAUUGUAUGCUGCACCUUAUGAGGAUGCAUGGGACACUACUGAUAGCCAACUGAAAUUUGACAAGAUUAUCGACAAGGCUAAAAAAGAAUAUCGUAAAAAGUCUCAUUCAGAUGAUUAUGAAGAACCUGUAUCUACUUCAGCUUCAACUCCAACUUCAGCAACAUAUGAAGAAGCUUGGGAUUUAAAACCUAGGGAACAAAAAUUGGAAAAUACUGUGCAGGAAGCUCACAGGAGAAUGAGUGAGGGACAGCAAAACUUAUCAAAACGUAGAGAUAAUUAUGAGUACAAGGAACCAUGGUCAAUGAAAGGUCAACCUGAACCCAGUUCAAAGGUCAAAAAUGGAAAUCCAGAACACCCAGUGUAUUCAGAAGCUUACGAGGAUCCUUGGGAUAUUAAACAGCGUGAAAAAGUAAAAGCUUUAGAAAAACGAUUUAAUAGUGCUGCGAUUACACCAAAAUCACCAAAUAGUCACGAUCAUAUGGAUGUGCCAAGUUUUCCUGCACCUCCACCGCCAAAUGUACAAACAUAUGAAGAAACAUGGGAUAAAAAUCAGUUUGUUAAUAGACCAUCUCAUCACUCAGGUAAUUCACCAAACCAAAGAAGGCAAUCAGAAGGAAUGAGAACAAGUCGGACGGAAAUGAUUGCAGAAAGAAUAAAUCCAGAUAUUCCAUUAGAUAUUCAAAAGUUUUAUCAUGGUAAAAUUGGAAGGAAACAAGCUGAAUCAUUGCUACUUAUCCAUCGAGAAGGGAGUUACUUGGUACGAAGAAGUGAGACACAAGAUAAUGUCUUCUCCUUGUCAUUAAAGGGAGUCGGAGGAAUGCCGAUGCAUUUAAGAAUAAGUUUGGCAAACGGACUGUAUAUCCUUGGUGAAAACAGUAAACCAUUUCCUACAGUGCCUGAAAUGAUCGAUCAUUAUACACAAUGUGAAUUGCCAGUUCUUAAGGCAGAUCGUAUAAAACUUUUGCAUCCUGUUCCACGGCAUAGUUGAGAGUUCAGAAAUCAAAGAAACAUAUACAAACUGUGAUUUGAAUUGUUCACUAUUUAUUUUAUUUUUGUCAUAAUCAUUUAACAUUGCUCAUUCACAGAGUCUGAAUGUGAUAAAAUAUGAAAAUUGUUUCAAUAUUUUUUCAAUUUUUACGUUAUUAUGUUUAAAUAUAAGUAAAAUCAUGUUAUCAUUCAUUUUAAUGUAAAUGUUACAUUUUAUAUAUUUUGAAAAAUAAUUACAAUGUUAUGCAUGGUGAGAGUUUAUAAAAGUCAUGUAUUUCAGCUUCAGUGCAAUGUACUCGUUGUAGAAUAACUAUAGGCAUACACCAUUAGAUUUAGGAAAAACUUAAGGUCAUUAAACAUGUUAAAGUUCAUGUAUAGAUGGUUAUUUAUAAAUAACUAGGUCAACAUAGACUUCUUUCUGGUUGUCAUGUGGUGCUUCUUUUGACCUAAAUUUUGUAGUUAAAAUAGAACCAAAGAAACAGUAUUGUUGUUGACUAUUUUUAUUUGUUAUGUCUUUCAUGUAAAUUAACAAAUGCAAAUCUAUAACGUGAAAUUGACCUGUGAAAUUGACCUUUGAUUAACAUCAUUUUCAAUGUCAUAGGUGAUAGAUCCACAAUUAAAGACAUAAAAGAUCUUUCUGUUACAUUUGAUGCAUUUUUAUUUUGAUCAUUUAAAUCUACAUUUAAAAAGUUUAGAAUUUAGUGCAUAAAAAAUAUUUUUACCCCUUAGAUUUACCGUAAGUUGAGCAAAAUCAGGCAUUUUUGGUUCUAUACAUAAUUUGGUUUGUUCAUUGCUAUGGCCUCUAAAAAACUUGUAGAGUCGAAAUAAUGAUAUUUUGUUAUUGUUAAUUUUGAGAGAAAAUGUUUCAUGUGAUAUGUGUUUAAUGGCUUAUCUGAUAAUAGUGAUAUAAGUGCCUUAUUUGUUAUAAUAAAUGUUUUAUGUGUCUUGUACUUUGUGAUCUUUGUUAUAUGUCAACCAUAGUUGUUGGAAUAUGGAAUAUUCAAAAAAAUGUUCUUAAAAAAAUUCAUAAUAUAGUUUUUCAAUUGCAUUUUUAUUUCUGUUGAUUUUUCUGUUAUAUUAAUUCAGCUGCAUUCACAAUAUUUUUUCUCAGUCAUGUUUUUUUUCUCCAUUUUGCUUGUCAAAACAAUUCAGUCCUGUCCACCUUCUAAUUAUCCUUACGUUCUUUCACCACUGAUUUAAAAUCUUAUAGAAAACUAGCUGCUGUUGGUUUCUUCAUUAUAUUUCAAGAUGAAAGCUAUUAUUUAUAUGACUGAAAUUUUAGAGUUAAAUUGGAAAAUAUUUUUCCGUUUGUUUUUUUUAGUUUUUUAGAUAUGUCCAUUUUGUGAUCUUUAUACACAAUCUUCAUUUGUUUUAAAGUAUAAUAUUAUUUCCAGGAUGUUGAAUUGAGUACAGUGUAUGUAGGAACGAAAAAAAAAUUGAAAUAUAAAACUGAGUUUAAUUAAUUAAAAGGAUAUUCAAUUAUUUAUAUUCUGUGUAUCAAUCAUACAAUCAGUAGGGCCUUGUGGUUACUCUAUGGGCAUAUAUCCUUUUUAAAACUCAUCAAAUAUACCAGGACUUGUAAUUUUGUACCUGGGGUUCUUUCUCAUAAGACUCAUCAAAUGUGUUUUUGUCAAAAUCAACCAUCAAUGAUAACUGUAUGUUCAAUAAUUUU